UUACCUAACAUGGCUGACUAAUCUAACACGAGAUUAAUAUUUCUUAAGGUAAUAAGACAGAGCGGAAUACGCACGACAAUCCUUCGAGGCUGUGAUCGACUGGGAUUCCAAUGAGUACCUUAGGUACCUACCUAAGGUGAUAAUGAGGCUCUGCUUCAAGUAGCUUCAAAUUCUAUCUAGUAUCUGAGUGUUAGUUUUCUUCUAGUUAUAACCCCCUUUUUCUUUGAACGUCUCACUCUAACAUGCAGACUACUAUUGAUUUUAUCGCUGAUAUUCCUCUAUACAGUGAAGAGAAACCUUUCUUUCUUCAUCCUUCGGCGACUUCUAAAGUCGGUGUUGACGCCAUUAAUACAACCAAUGUCGAAUGGGAGAAUAAACCAGUAACCGUGCGUAGUAUGCGCAAUGAUAACGAUAUCAGUUUGGAGAGAAACGGAUUCUGCUACGUCGAGCAUGAGUCUAAAUAUGUCCCAAGUCUUGGAGUAGACACUGAGCUGAUGAAAAAGUACCGUGCUGAGAACGAGGAGUUGCUACGGUCUUUCUUCAAAGCAGAUUUUGUUCAUUGCUAUGAUUACAAAAUGCGUAAAAAUGCUCCGAUGGCUCUCGAAAACUAUGACCCAAGUGAUCCACUUCUAGUAGAGCAGGUUGCCGUGGGCGCACAUGACAUAUCUCUGGAUACUGUACCGCGGCUCCUGAAGAAUGUUCUCAACGAGGAGCAGCUCCAAACUUUCUUCCAGCCCGGCUACCGUUUUAGGCUAAUCAAUACGUGGCGUCCUAUUCUACCCCAGUGCGAAGAUCGCCCUCUUGCAUUGUGUGACUACAGCUCAAUCGACGUAAAUGACCUCGUUGCCACGGACAGAGUGUACCCAGAUUGGACUCAAGAGAUAUACUAUUUGAAAUAUAACAAAGAUCAGCAAUGGUAUUGGUUACCUAACCAAAGGUCUAACGAGCCCUUUCUAUUCCUCACCUACGACAGCCAUUCAGGUUCAAAUGCCAGAUACUGUCCACAUGUAUCCGUAGAAAACUCGAUGGCAAUACCCCAAGCACCGCCGCGUGAGAGCGUUGAGACACGGACUUUAGUCAUUACGAAACUAUGAACACGGUCUAAAUACCCCCGUGUAUAGCAGCGAUACGUGAAUCAAGUCUAUAGGAAAUUAGAAGCGUAGAUUCUCAAAAGAAACUUUAAUUCAAUGAUAUAACCAUA